AUACAUAGCGGCCGGCGCGUGCGCAGCUCCCAGUCAAUGCCUAACCGUGAAGCAUUAACAUAGUUAUUUUACUUUAGUUUUUUAGUUUAAACACCGGAGUUUUUGUUAAUAUGUUCCGGUAUCUAGUUGUAGCGUAUCUGGCGGUUCUGUGCCAUGGAGCAGUCGCAAGUCCAGUGGCGAACGAAGUGUUGGAUGAACAGGAGCUGGUGUUCGCUUUAGUUUUAAACAGGCAUGGAGAACGGGCACCGGAUGCUGAUGAACUGUCCUUGUCAGACCAGCAGGAGCUGAUCAAAAACCUCACUUAUAUAGAGGGACCUGAGGGACUGACCAAUGUCGGCAAAAGACGAGCAUACCAGAUCGGCAAAUUCUACCGCCAGAGGUACGGGUCUCAAGGUCACAAGCUGAUCUCCAACCUGUACCUUCGUGACGAGAUCGCCAUCAGGAGUACAGACAAGGAACGGACGAAGAUGACCAUCCAAGUGGCGAUGGCUGCUGCCUACCCCCCGGAACCGGAACAGCAAUGGGAUGAGGGUCUCGGGAAGUUGUGGCAACCUAUCCCGUAUAAGGCUGUACCGCUGACUGAAGAUUAUCUCCGCUACUACUCGAACUGCGAUCGCUUCAUCACGCUGAUGACGGAAGCUAAAGAGACAUCCCUGAGCAGCGAGCUGGCUCCGUACAUGGACCUGAUCCCCUUACUGGAGGCGAAGACCGGGAGGAACUUUACUGAGAACCCGCUAAUGUUUGAGACGCUGUUCGACCUGUUCAGGAGUAUGGUCGGUCUGGGUCUAGAUAUUCCGGACUGGGCUAAGCCCCUGCUGCCUAGACUAAGUGAAGCUGCCAGGCUGGCAUACAGGCUGUACUUCAGAUGUGAUGAAAUGAAGAAGAUUGGUGGAGGAGUUCUCCUAAACCUAUUUACGGAGGUGGGCAACGAUCUCAUCGCGAACAAGCCAGUCAGUCAGAGGCUAAGACUGGUCUCCGGGCACGACUUCAACAUAGGAUCCCUGAUGGAAGUCGCCCAUGUGAAGACAGACCAGUCCAUCCCUGAGUAUGGUGCGGUGUUCGCGCUGGAGCUGUACAGGUCCAGGAGUACAGGAGCUUAUAGUGUGCUGCCUGUCUAUCUUCCGCAAGCAGGCGAGUCGUCAGCCCAGAUCCUCAGGAUCAAGACCUGCGGUAGCUCCAGCUACUGCGACUUCGCUAAGUUCAAAGAAUUAACUAAAGACUUCUUAUUACCAGAGAAAGAGUUUUACUCCAUAUGUAAUAUUAAAACAGAGUUAUAGUUUACUUAAAAGUAUUAGUAAUAAUUUAUAAUGUAGCUACGAUUUUUAACGCUCUCUCGAUUUGACAGUUAAAUAUCGAAAAUCGAUCAAAAACAGUUAACCCCCGUCUGACGAAGUCACUUGCCCAAAAACAAUGGCUGAUUGUAAAAAGAAUUUAAAAUAAAUCGAAGCCGUUAUUUCGACCGUUAAAAUUUUAAAAAGGAUUCUAAAAUCGAACGCUCAUUUCAAAUAAGGAUUCCUGGUUCUAAAUUCGUAUUCGUCAAUUAAACAUUUGACACUAUCUUUAUGUCAAAGGCCUAUUUAAAAUUAGAACUAAUUUAUACACGCGUCAGAGCGAGAGAGCGAUAUGAUAUCGGCUACAAUAAUUUAAGUUACCAAUUAGUUGUAAGGUUGCUACUUAAUUAUGACCUCUAAUGAUAAGUAGCUAAGGUAGGAAUUCGUUAUUCUGUGAUUAUAACGGAUAUAGGUAAUUAUUGUUUAAUUGUCUGUUUUCUCGUCUGUCUACGUACUCCAAAGGAGUUAUGCAAAGAUAAAAAGAAGUGUAAUGACGGCAAAACUAAAGGACAAAACUAGUUCAAUGAAAACAUUCUGAUAAGAUAUAAAAAAAACUACAUUACAAAUGUAUGAUUGAGGAUGGAGUUAAUCAAUUGAAUAAAUAAUAAAUCUUGUAAAAGUAAGAUUUAAAAGGAAAGGACCUCGUCAUAUCUUUAUUUUUUUUUCAUUAUAUUUAAUAUAGAUAUCUACUUAAAUGUUUAAAUACUUACGUACGUAUCGCGUUAUAUGAUUCGAAAAAUGCAAAGCGUUAAUAAAAAUUUAGAUCAAUCUGUCUCAUAGCUAUUUAAAUUGUACUGUUAUAUUUUUAUUGAUACAUACAAUAUUCAUAUUGUCCAAGUCUACGGCAAAUAAAAUGUCUGUUAAAAAUAUAGGUACUAGCGCACUCUGUCGUCAAACUGUUGAAUUUCUUGAUACGUACGGAGGAAAUAAACCUUUUUAUUUUAAAUAGAUGGCGUUGCUACAAGUUAUUGUACUGUGAACAAAAUCACUGACCUGUAUUAUAAUACCCGUGACUGGCUUCUUCUUACAAAAUGAUAGAUUUUCUUCGUUAAGUUUUAAUUUAAGUUGUAACACUAUAGACUUCGAAAAAGCCGUUUUUCUUUUCAAACAUUUGUUUCAAAAACGUUUACUAGUUUUCUUUACCGCUAUCAAUGUUUAUAGAGCAAUUUUCAUUCAUUGUUAUCACAAAUCCACUUUAUUAUAAUAGAGGUCAGUGCACAAAAUGUAAAACGGGUCUGUUUACCCCUUGCAGGGUUGUCGUGAGGAUUAAAUACCUUUGUCUGUGAUAUUAACAAAUAUGAACGGAUAUUUGUAAAAUAUAUAUGUUUUACUACAGU